AUGUCCUCCGCCAGCUGUAAGCAUUUGCUGAUGUGCAAUGUGCAGUUGGCAGCCAAAUUAAAGGAGGAACUAAAUGAGCUGUACGGAAUGGUCGAUGAGUAUAUACAGGCCAAUUAUGAUAACAAUUCUAGUGAGCUGAAAAACUUAACAGCGACGGAUAUUAUUAGGAAGCUUAUAGAUACCAACGCGACCCACACUUUGAAGAGUUUGCCUUCGUCAUGUCCACCAUAUAGAAAUGCACAUGGCAUUUAUACGGCCAAUGUUACGGGUCUGCCACCCUUUCAAGUGCUGUGUAAUUCAAAUCUAGCCGGUCCGGGCUGGACGGUGAUUGCAUCCCGAACUGUCGGCGAUCUAAACUUCUUUCGCAACUGACGGGAAUAUAAGCAAGGGUUCGGCAAUCUGACAAAUGAAUUCUUUAUUGGUCUGGAUAAACUACACGCCAUAACUGCCUCACAGCCGCACGAACUCUAUAUCUACUUUGAGGACUUCUCGGGCAAUAAGCGUUAUACACGUUAUGAUGAAUUUUUAGUUGAUACAGCAAGUGAAAAAUAUGCCAUAACAAAAUUGGGCAAUUAUUCCGGAGAUGCGGGCGAUUCUCUAACACGUCACGCCAAAAAGAAAUUCUCCACACAUGACAAUGACAACGAUGCUAAUUCCCAAAACUGUGCCAUUGAGCGUAUGGGUGCUUGGUGGUAUGCUGAUUGUAGCGACAGCAAUCUAUUCGGACUCUAUUUGGCUGGCAAGGACAACAGUAAAUUAUUUUCAAAAGGUAUGUUUUGGAUUACGUGGCUAGGCACGGAGUAUUCAUACAAAGUGGUGCAAAUAAUGGUGCGACCAAAAUGUCCCUGCUCCUACUCAAGUUAA